GUGAAAUAAUUAUUGGAACAAAUUGAAGGCGAAUUUCUUCUAUGUUUUGUCGUCUUUUUAACGAUGGCGGCCACCAAACCUGCCGUCUCUGGUGGGCUUUCAUAAAAAAUACAUGGAAAGGGAAGUUCUAAAAAGAAUCACAGUCUUUAUAUGUUUCCUUAUAGCUAUCCUUUUAUAUACUCUGACCUAAAUCAAUUCAUGAAGUAAGGAUCUCCUUUUGUUUUUUUUUUCAUUCUUCCUUCAGCUCUGGGUCUCAGGCAGAUGGAAUAUGAUGCAGUCUCCAUUUCGAGAUCUCAGGAUCAGAAGAGCAUUGAGAUGCCAAUGGUAUCUGAAGGAAGUAAUAUCAUUUCAAUGCCACCAGACUCACAAUGCUGCUCUGUUUGUGCCUUUUCCAGGCAAGAAAACACUACUUUGGAAUCAAAGCAACGACGGAAGUCAGCAACCAAACUUUCUGGGCUCAUUGUGUUCUAUCUUAUGGUUAUGGUGGUAGAGAUUACUGGUGGAGUAAAAGCCAACAGUCUUGCAGUUAUCACGGAUGCUGCCCACUUGCUCACUGAUGUUGCUGGAUUCUCCAUAUCUCUUUUUACAGUCUGGGCUUCCGCAUGGAAGGCAACCUCAUACCAAUCUUUUGGAUACAAUCGUCUUGAAGUCCUGGGUGCUUUUUUUUCUGUGCAGCUCAUAUGGCUUAUAUCUGCACUCUUAAUUUAUGAAGCACUUGACAGAAUUCUCCACAAAAAUGGAAAGGUAAAUGGGGCACUCAUGUUUGCAAUUGCUGCAUUUGGAUUUAUUAUAAACUUAGUUAUGGUCCUUUGGCUGGGUCAUGAUCACACUCUUGAUGGUUGUGGGGACACACAUCAUCAUCAUCACCACCACCAUCACCAUCAUCAUGACCGUGAGGGAGGGAAACCUUGUGAUUCAGCUGAAGAAGAGGAGACUAGUCUGGUGCCAAGAACUCCAGAGAAGGCCAAGAUAUUGAACAUUAAUCUCCAAGGAGCUUACUUGCAUGUCAUGGCUGACCUAAUUCAAUCUGUUGGGGUGAUGAUUGCUGGAGCUGUUAUAUGGAUGAAACCACACUGGUUGGCGGUCGAUCUUCUCUGUACUCUUGUCUUCUCUACUUUUGCUCUGACUGCCACUCUACCCAUGCUUAGAGAUAUAUUUGGCAUAUUGAUGGAAAAGACACCGAAGGACAUUAACAUUGAUACACUCGAAAGUGGUAUCAAGGGUAUCAAGGGAGUCCAAAACAUUCACGACCUCCAUGUAUGGGCUAUAACCGUUGGGAAACUUGUAUUGUCCUGCCAUGUGGUAGCUGAGCCGGCAGCCAGCUCUAAUGAAAUUCUUAGCAAGAUCAGGGAUUACUGUGAAAAAACAUACAAAAUUUAUCACAUUACUAUACAAAUCGAAUAGUCUUUUACUAGUUUCUCAACAAAUCUUGGUAACCGAUACCUUUAUAUUUACUUCUCUAUACUCUGUGUUGAGAAUGUAGAUUAAAAAACAUACCAGAUUCUUGAGUUUUGCUGUUUCUUCAGCAUAAGUGGUAUAUUAUCGCGUCCGAUGGCUUGGAGCAACCAGACUUGGUUGUCCUGCAAUGUGCAUGCGUAUCGGCUAUUUGGUUUGAUUCCCCAUCAGCCUUUCUGUCAAGGAUAUUGGAUAGAACGUUCUGAGAUGGUUACGCCCCAUUUGUACCUGCACAUAUCAAUCACGAAGCAACCUCCAUGGUGCCCAUUUUUUUUUUGGUCAGACAGCCACCAAGUUUAUGGGGCUUUAAAUACCCUUUUCUUUUGUGGCCCUUUUAGAUUCAUUUGAACGAGUCAAUUCAGACAAGGUAACCUGCGGACGAGAUUCACCAGCUACUCAAUUGAGACCAGGUCAAUCAGUUCUCACAACCAUGAAAGUUGAAAUAAGCCAUACAUUGUCCUAACAGACAGACCCAGCCCUGAAGAAAAAUAUGAGGGAGAGUAAGUCUUAGAAGGGGA